GAGAAAAAGAAAGAGAGAGAAAGACGAGGUCAGACGAUCCUGUGAGUCGCGUCGAUGAUAACGCGGAUAACACAGACUACCUCGGGAAAACCGUGACAGAGGUGUCUUCCGAAAAAGGCGGAGAGUUCGAGGCGGAUAGCACGAAUGACGGCUCGAAGAUCGAAGGAUGAUGUGGAGUGAGCGUAGAGUGAGCGUAACGCGAGUUCAGAUAGAAAUGACACCGCUAACGAGAUCGAUGCGGAGGUACCGUCGAGUAAGAAGAGAACCAAAUAGUUUCUUUCCAAUUGAGCCGACGAUGGAUAACGUCCGGACUGCCACGGAGUAAGCCGCGGAUGUCGCGAAGGCUCGCGGUAAACGCACCGAGUAUACGUCGCAAUCAGCAACGAUGCGGAACCUACUCUAAACCGCAGACCCUAGCCCGAUGACCAGUUGUCCUGGUGGAAUAGAAGAACAGUUAGAAUCAUCGCCGAGGGAUCACAAGGAGCUUGAAGAGUCUCAGCAGAGACCAAGAAAAGGAUAAGAAAGACAUCAAGAACCUCGUUAAGAGUUCGACUUGCGUCGUACUUGCGAGGACUUAGCGUGAUACUCUGGAGGAAGACACGUGUAAAUGGAAGUUAGCUGCGAGGAAGAUGAUGCUGACGCGACUACACGGUGAUCGAUUUGCUUGCGACAAACUCUAAUCGACUCUUGAGAACUCUGCCUUCGCGACUUACGACGCACUGUGUAUAACAGCGAGAGCAGUGUUCGCGAAAUUGCACGUCUUCGCGGUAUACACCGGGUGUGCGCUAUGAACGACAACAUUGUCGGAUACAACGGGUGGUAUACAAGAAGACGUUCCUUCACAAGCUAGAUGAUGUUCGCCAGGCUCUGCAGACAAGUUCCAAAUGGGGACCUGAAGAGGCGACACUCGUGGAGCAGCGAGGUCGACUAUCAGCCGGCGGAAACGGAAGCUGUUACUACCUCGGGGGGAGAUUCCGCUACCUCAGCCCCUUCGGACGACGACAGAAUCUCCUACAAGGAAUAUGGCCGUUCGAUGCAGACGGUGGACUUGGUGGCGGACUGUCCGUUGCAGGUCGUGACGAGUAACUCGAGGUCACCGUCACCUUCGAGAUCAUCGACGCCCACGCCGCCGUCGUCCACGACGUUCCCCGUGUCGACGGGGAGCAUGGGGCAGCGGUCGAGCGCUCUGUUGCGCCCCAAAAUUUCCCUGACUUGGGUUCUUCGUGGCCAGCAGCAACCCGGGCCCAACGGGCCUUGUCCGACCAGCAAUGGAGGCGGCGGUACGAACAGCGAUCGAGACACUUUGUCGCGAGGCAGUAAGGACAGAUCUUCGAGGAGAAGUGUCAAGAGUGUCAAAGAGAAGGAUACCGGCAAGGAGAAUAUCGAAAAUAAUAAGGAGAGCAUCGAGAAGCGGGAGAAGAAGAUUCUGCAUAGGCUUGAGAAGAUCGAAAGAACCGAGAAGAUUAUCGGCAAGGAGACGAUCGGCAACGAGCGACGACUGGAGAGCCCGCUGGAGAAGCAACACUCUGACAAGGAAUUCGUGAGCUUGAAGGAUACGAAGGAGAAAGUGAAGAGAGCUGUCUCCGAGCCCUCUCUGGUGUCGCGAGAGUCAACGUCGACGCCUAGCGGACGAGAGAAGCACAGGCACAGGCGAACAAAACGCUCGCACAAACCUAGGCCACCGAGUAGAUUCGGCUACGAGAUCGCCGAUCUCGACGCCUUCUUAACCAAGGCCUCCAUAGAGAGACCAGCAAACAUUCCAGUCGUCUUGUCUUUCCCGUCGGUGUUGUACCAGACUCAAGGCGGAACUCAGGACGAGGUGGCCUUGCCCCUAGGUACGGUUGUGAACGCAGUCUUCAAGAACCAAACUUGGUUGUACGUGCAAACCCCUCAUGGCCAAGAAGGCUACGUCGGCUAUGCCGCCUGUUUACCCCUCGGAAUCCUACCGCAACCUACGCGAGGACCCUGUUGGGAGGAUUCUACCGAUGUUUUCCCCCGGCCCCUCGGAAACAUGACAGAUACGGAGAAACUUCGAGACACUCGGUCAGAAUGCGGAGGAGCUCGCGGUCGCAGCGGCAGAGUUCGGCGGAGUUCGAGGGACGCAGUGUCAGCGUGCGGCGAGCGCAGCGUCGACCGGUUGUACCUGAGAGCAGCGGCGAACGCGCGUACUAAGGGAUCGAGGCACACGUUGCUGGUGAUUAGGAGCGACUACGAGGCACGCGGCGGCAACGCACUGACGGUGUCCAAGGGCGACGUGGUUGCCUUAUUGAGCGAUCAUGUGAGUGACUGGUUCUGGGUGCGCUCCAGAGACGGCAGGGAAGGCUUUAUUCCGGCAGUCGUCGCUGGCCAUGGUUUCCUCUGAUUUGUUGUUUU